CUGGAUACGUAUCUCGGUGCCUGCCUACCUACUUACCUAGGAAGGUAGUAGGUAGGUAGGGAGGUACCUAGCUAGGUAAGUAGGUAAUAGGAAAAAUAUCCAUCGUGACUUCUUGGCUCGGUCGUCGGGUCUCACUUGAGCCGCCCUCGCUGCACAUUCACCCCCUUCCCUCCUUCCCCCGCUCCACCACCAACCGUCGAUCGUUCUGCACAUCGUCAACUACAAAUAAGUUAAGCCGACCGCCUUCUCGGCAUCCGACACUUAACUCAACCUCAACCCUUGAUGCCAAACUAAGCAGCCGCGCCAACGAUAUCGAGUCACCGCAAUGGCUCCGACGAACCUGCUCGCCGGCAAGACUGCCAUUAUAACAGGCGGCACAACCGGCAUCGGAAAAGCCAUUGCUCUCGAAUACAUCAAGCAGGGGGCAAACGUCGUCGUGAAUCAUCUAGGCCUUGAAAAGGAUCAACCCCACCUCGAUGCUCUGAUUGCCGACGCUGCUGCCGCAAGGCAAGAAAAUCCCAACGCCGGCCGUUUGGCCGACCAGAUUGGCGAUGUACGCGAGCCCGAGACUGCUGCCCGGCUGGUUGCCCGCGCCGUUGAGCACUCGGGCAACGAUCGUCUUGAUAUUUGCGUCUCCAACGCCGGCAUCUGCACAUUUGCCGAGUUUCUCGAGCUGACACCGGACCUCUUCACCAAGACAGUCCGCACCAACCUCGAUGGCGCCUUCUACGUCGUCCAGGCCGCCGCUCGCCACAUGAGUCAGCAGUCACCCGCGGGCGGUAGCAUCAUUGGAAUCUCGUCCAUUUCCGCCCUCGUCGGCGGCGGUCAGCAAACCCAUUACACCCCCACCAAGGCCGGCGUCCUCAGUCUGAUGCAGAGCACUGCCGUGGCACUGGGCAAGUACAACAUACGCUGCAAUGCGUUGCUCCCCGGCACCAUCAAGACGCAGCUCAACGAGGAGGACCUGGCGAAUGAUGCCAAGCGUGCAUACACGGAAGGCCGCAUUCCCCUUGGGCGUACCGGUGUGCCGUCCGACCUCGCCGGACCAGCCGUCUUCCUGGCAUGCGAAUACCUCAGUGGAUACGUGACGGGUGCGCAGCUACUGGUCGAUGGCGGUCUCUUUGUCAAUCUUCAAUAAGCGCCGUCACUCACCCACGAAGAUAAUUCAUUGGCUGUACAUAGUAUGUAUUCAAGUGCCUGGAUUGAGCAGCCGGAAGUCUCCCGCCAUAGGUAGCGAAAGGAGGUUACAGGUAAAGUGAGGAGUGAGGAAUGAGAAAUGAGGAAUGAGGGAUAAAGCAACACCGGAGACAAGGACUACUUAGCCAUCCAACGACCCUCAUCCGUCACCAUCAAGGGUGAAACGCACCUCCAAGGAUUGGGAAUGUAUGAUUUAUUCGUAGCAAGUGAGUGGCGUCUCACCCAAUCCACUUGAGCGCCCAGAUCCUGCCCAAUCACGCUAGCCCAUUGAUGCUAUCAGCCCCCCCCACCGGCCCCUCGGCUUGGUAUUACAAGGCCAUGCAUGGGUUUUGCCCAGGGCUAGCCUUUGGGUUUAUUCCUGCAACAUGUCCCG